AUGAAAAACAAUUUAGAUCAACAUCUACAAUGGCUAGAACAGUCACGAGCUUUUGUGCCCAAGAAGCCAGCUCUACAAGACAUCACACUCGCUGCUACGGCUAAUUCAAAUACAACACAGAUGGGAUCCAGGCAAGCUGGAAGAUUAGAACCUGCUAGCGCACCACUUAGAGAAUCAAGUAAUGAAUUUAGUCCAUUAUUAUCAAAUGUUGAAAAAACAACUAGGAAAUCAUCUGGUCUUAGACUUGCUAGAAGGGAAAAUUCAACUCUCAAAUCAUCAGGCUCAACAUCAAGUACAAGUAAACAUUCAUCACCUCAACCUUCCACUAUGCCUGCUCCACAACAACAAGGUAUAAUACGGCAAACUGUUACACCAGCACCAGCUGUUAUUGAUCUAACAUUUGACGAUGAUAUGGAAUCAACACCAACAAUACCCAAAAAGAGACACCAAACUGAACCAAUACCCAUGCCUUCAACAACCUCUAAAAGACAAAGAGAACAACCUAAUGAUUUUACGAGUGAUGAUUUUGAUGAUACUGAACUAAAUGAAGCUUUAGAUCAACAUGAAAUAAGGAGACAAGCAAGCUAUAACGUUGCUGAUGUCACCCUGGAAUCCAACUCUACAAAUCCUGAUAGAUCACUAAAAGCACCAGAUUCUACACGAAGAUUACCAACCGCUCCAAUUUCAACAACUGUCCCUAUACCCGUACCAUCAGCACCAAGGCCAAUACCAGCACACCCAUCAGUUCAAACUUCAAUAACAGCUACAAGAACAAUUUCAACUACAGUACCCAAAUUUGUCAGUGAACGUGAAUUAUUGAAAGCACAACAACUACAUAUAGAUAUUUGUGAGAGAAGAAUUGAUUUAUUACUCAAACGUAAUAUUAUUAAUGAAUCAACCGCUUUAUCAGAAGAUGAAAAAAAGAGGAAAAGAAAUGAACUUAACGCUCAGUUAGUCGCUUUGGCCAAAGAACAAACUUCUUCAAAGAUAGAACUAAAUCAAUUGAAACUUUCACCAUCGUCUGCUCAGCCUAUUGAUAAACCAUCAUUUGACGCUCCAUCAUUACCACCACCUUCAGCUCCAGCAAGAGCUCAAUUACCAGCACCUCCUCCAAUACCAGUACCAGCUUUAAACCCAAUGACUUCCAACUUGAGUAAUAGAGCUAAUAUGGAAGUCUUACAAUCAUCAAGGGAUCCUAGAGAACUUAGAAGAAACCAAGAUCCACGACCACAACAAUUUGAAUCUGUUAAUUCUGAUCUGGAAGAUUUUGAUGAAUCUAUAUUAAUUGAUAAUAAUCCAAGACCAAAUAUAAGAAGACCAAAUAAUUUUGAAGAAGAACAGGAAGAUUUAAGUUUUGAAGGUGAUGGUCUGGUUACAAGUCAAAUCAAUCCUGAAGAUCAAAACCCAAAUACAAGUGAUCGUGAAUUUCUUGAAGAAGAUGAUCAAGGAAGUGAAGACGGUGAAUAUGAAGAUGCUGAUGAUAUGCCAAAUAUGGAAUCUGAACAUAAUAAUUUUGUGGUUGAUAGAAGAGAAGUUGAAGAUUUGGCUAAUUCAAGUGAUGAAGAACAUGUUGAUAAUGGAGAAGAUCAUCUGCGUCACAGGUAUACAAAUCAUGAUGAAGAUAACGACGAAGAUGAUGAAAUUAUUGGAAGUGAUGAUGAUCUUGAAGAAGUUGGUGGUAGAAAGUUUAGUCAAAUCUAUUCUGAAGAUCUCGAAAUGGAAGAUGAUGACGAAGAUGAUGAAGUUAUUGCACCGACAUAUACAUAUAAUGAAGAACGUGAAGCUACAAAUAAUCCACAAGAUGUUAUCGAUUUAGAUUUAGAAAUCGAAUCAAUUGAUGCUGAUACUUCAUAUCAUGCACCACCGCCAGCACCUCGUGUACAAAGUCAAAGACCUCAAUUUCAACCUCCUCCAACUCCUCCAAGAAGAUCUAUAGUUAAUGAAGAUGAUUUUUCAAAUUCAUUACCAAGUUCACCAUUCCCAGAUGAUUUUGAUGAUGAUGAAUUACAAGAAUUAAAUGGACCUAUAAUACCACAAUUACCACCAAGUGAAACUCAUGAAUGGACACCUGAAGUUUUUGAAAAAUUAAGACAAAUUUUUAAAUUAUCAUCAUUUAGACAAAAUCAACUUGAAGCUGUUAAUGCAACUUUAUCAGGUAAGGAUACUUUUGUUCUUAUGCCAACAGGUGGUGGUAAAUCAUUAUGUUAUCAAUUACCAGCAGUGGUAAAAUCUGGUGUUACACAUGGUACAACAAUUGUUGUUUCACCUUUGAUUUCCUUAAUGCAAGAUCAAGUUGAACAUUUAUGGGAAAAAAACAUUAAAGCAGGUAUGAUUAAUUCAAAAGGAUCACCAGAAGAAAGAAGAACAACUUUUAAUUUGUUUGUUGAUGGGUUCCUAGAUUUGGUUUAUUUAUCACCAGAAAUGAUUAGUGCUUCAAAUCAAGCUAAGAAUGCAAUUGAUAGAUUAUACAGACAGGGGAAAUUAGCAAGAGUUGUUGUUGAUGAAGCUCAUUGUGUUAGUAGUUGGGGUCAUGAUUUUAGACCUGAUUAUAAACAUCUUAGUUAUUUCAAGACUAAUUAUCCGGAAAUUCCUGUUAUGGCAUUAACUGCAACUGCAAAUGAUCAUGUUAAAAUGGAUAUCAUUCAUAAUUUAAAUCUUAAAGAUCCUGUUUUCUUAAAACAAAGCUUUAAUAGAACUAAUUUAUUUUAUGAAGUUCUUAAUAAAGAUAAAGAUCAUAUGAAACAUAUUGAAAUGUCCAUCUUGGGUAAAUUUAAAGAUCAAACUGGUAUUAUUUAUUGUCAUUCUAAAAAUGCAUGUGAACAAACAUCUGACAAGUUAAUUAAUAGUGGAAUAAAAUGUGCAUUUUAUCAUGCAGGUAUGACACCAGAAGAUAGAUUGGAUAUUCAAAAAGCAUGGCAAAAUGGCACUAUUAAAGUUAUAUGUGCCACAAUUGCAUUUGGUAUGGGUAUUGAUAAAGCGGAUGUUAGAUUUGUUAUUCAUUUAACAUUACCAAGAACUUUAGAAGGUUAUUAUCAAGAAACUGGUAGAGCUGGUAGAGAUGGUAAUUAUUCAUAUUGUACAAUGUUUUAUGGAUUUAGAGAUGCAAGAACUUUACAAAAUAUGAUUUCAAGAGAUAAAGAUUUAGAUAAAGCAGGUAAAGAAAAACAUUUAACAAAAUUAAGACAAGUUAUUCAAUAUUGUGAAAAUUCAACAGAUUGUCGUCGUCAACAAGUUUUACAAUAUUUUAAUGAACAAUUUCAUAAAGAUCAAUGUGCUAAAAAUUGUGAUAAUUGUAAAAAAGGUUCAGAUGCUUCUACAAAAUUUGAUAAAGAUGUUACAGAAUAUGCUAAAAAAAUGACAGAAUUAGUUAAAUCAAUUGAACAUGAAAAAGUUACAUUAAUUUAUUGUCAAGAUGUUUUCAAAGGUUCUAAAUCUAAUAAAGUUACACAAGCUGGACAUGAUAAUUUAAAUGAACAUGGAGCAGGUAAAGAAUUAGAAAAAGUUGAUAUUGAAAGAAUUGCAUUCCAUUUAAUUGCUGAAAAAAUUCUUGAAGAAUUUUCAAUUUUCAACAAAGCAGGUUUUGCAUCAAGUUAUAUUAAACUGGGACCACAAGCUGAUAAAUUACUGAAUAAUAAAAAGAGAAUCAUAAUGACAUUUUUCACAAAUUCUAAAAGAACAAGACCUGGAAGUGGUAAUACAAAUGCAAGUUUAAAUAGAGCACCAAGUAAUAACAAUAAUAAUACACCUAGAUCAAGAUCAAGAACUUUAAAUCGAGAUGAGAUUAAUAAUUUUAGAUUUAAUGGUAAUGAAAAUGGAAAUGGUGAUGGUAAUGCAUCAGGAAUUGGAACAACAGCUACAGGAGGUCCAAGUUUUACAAGCGCAAGAGAAUUAGUAAGAUCAAAUUCAAAUUUACAACAUCAACCAAGUAUUUCAACACCAAUUAGAUUAGGUGAAGCAACGUUUGCAAAUAGUCAAGAAAAACGAGAUUAUAGUCGAGCAUUUAUAUCAUUAAAAGAAGCAAGAGAUAAAGCCAUGUCAAGAUUAAAUGUUAGUGCAUCAACAAGUGUUGCAAGUGAUCGAUUAUUGAAAACUAUGGCAAGAAAAUUACCACAAACAGAUUUUGAAUUUAAACAAUUAGAAGGAUUCGAAAAUGAAAUUCAAAAGGGUUAUUUCAAUUAUUUUAAACAAGUUUUACAAAAUUUUAAAAAUUUAAAAACAAAUGGUAAUGGUAAUGGAAGUGCAUCAAAACCUCAAUCAACAGCUACAAAUUCAAGAUCUAUAUAUUUUAGUAAUCGUGAUCAAGAAGAAAAUUUAAACGUUAUAAAUCAAUUAAGACAAUCUCAAAAACCUUCAAAUGCAUCACAAUCACAAUCUUUAAAUCAAUAUUCAACACAAUCCAAAAAAAGAACAAAAUCUUCACAAUCAGGUAAUGGUAAAUAUAAAAAAUAUUCAAAAAAGAAAACAUAUAAAAAUAAUAAUGGAUCAAAUGGUGGUAAUAAACCAACUUCAUCACAAAAACCUAAAAAAGUAAUAAGAAAACCAACACAAAGUGCAAUGCCUUUAUGA